AACAUCAAACUAGCCUCGUAAUAAAAAAUAUUAAAGACUGUCGUGAAGUUCGAACUCUUAACCAACCAAAAACCGUUACUUGGAAAGACACCCUUAUCACUACAGCACACCAUCCAAUGCUGUCAUAGAUAUUUUCAUGGCCCCCACCUCACCAUCCCAUAUGAGACCCCAUAACCAUUGACUAACCUUAAUCGGUAGCUAUGUCAGUCAAGUGAACAAUUUGAACACUCAAAACUACAAAUAAUGAUUUCUACAAAGGUAAACGAUGAUCAUCCAUUUCCAGUUCCAGGAGCAACCACGGUGUGCCACGUGGUGGCUUUACCAUAUCCAGGCAGAAGCCACAUCAACGCCUUAAUGACAUUCUGCAAAACCCUAUCUUCUCGUCUCAAUCUCAAACACGAUAAUCUCACCAUCUUAAUCACCUUCGUCUUAACCGAAGAGUGGUUGGGUCUGAUCGGGUCGGAUCCCAAACCCGACAACAAUAUCCGAUUCCAAACCUUACCCAACGUCAUCCCUUCCGAGCAUGUUAGGGCAAAUCAAUUGGCUGAUUUUUAUGAGGCUGUCGCAACCAAAUUGGAAGCCCCCUUUGAAGAGCUUCUUGUUGAUUUAGAUAAUGAUAAGGUUCGUCUUCCACCGGUUAGGAUUAUCGUAUCGGAUAGCUUAUUGGGUUGGCCAGUCGAAGUCGGUGGUCGGAGGAAUAUUCCGGUGGCUUCGUUCUGGCCAUUGUCGGGUUGUAUGUUUUCGGUGCUUUAUCACUUUGAUCGGUUUAAACAAAACGGUCAUUUCCCAAUCAAACUCUCUGAGCGAGGCCACGAAUUGGUGGACUAUAUCCCAGGAAUCCGUUCAACUCGGCUAUCAGAUAUCUCAGAGAAUUUUUUUGAGAAAGAGGAUAGUAAAACAAUGAAAAUAAUGUUAGAUGCUGUUUCAAAGGUGUCCCAAGCACAAUAUUUUGUAUCUUCUUCAGUAUAUGAGCUUGAAUCACAACUCUUUGAUGUGUUAAAACCCAAAUUCCCUUUCCCCAUUUACCCAAUUGGACCACUUACCACCAUUAAUGACCCUCAAUUUCAUCAUGAAAAUGGCAACUAUAUUGAGUGGCUAGAUUCUCAACCUCAAGCAUCUGUGUUGUACAUUUCAUUUGGGAGUUUUCUUUCAGUUUCGAAGACCCAAUUGGAUGAAAUUGUGUGUGGGAUAAGAGCUAGUGGUGUUAGACACGUGUGGGUGGCACGUGAGAAUGUGUCAAGUAUCAAAAAUGGUUGUGGUGAAAUGGGGUUUGUGGUGCCUUGGUGUGACCAAAUGAGGGUGUUGUGUCAUUCUUCUGUUGGUGGGUUUUGGACUCAUUGUGGGUGGAAUUCUACUAUGGAAGCUAUUUAUGGUGGGGUUCCAAUGUUGACUUUUCCUAUAGGUGGUGACCAGUUUCAUAAUAGCAAGCAAAUUGUUGAGGAUUGGAAGAUUGGUUGGAAAGUUAAGAAGAAGAAGAUAAUAUGUGAAGGGACUCAUCAUGGUGAUGAUGAUGAGAUGAAUUUAGUAAGGAGAGAUGAAAUUUGUGAGCUUGUGAAGAUAUUUAUGGAUCAAGAAAAUAAUGAUAGGAAAGUUAUGGGAGAAAGAAUGAAGCAACUUCAAAAAUUAUGUCAAAUUGCAAUCUCUAAAGGAGGCUCUUCCCACACAAAUAUUGAUGCUUUUAUAAACCACAUUUUGCAACCCGAUAAAUACUGACUUUUAUAAGCGGUUAGCAGUUUCUUAUAUUGAAGAAGUGUUACGGGAUUUGGCUCCUUCACUCUCAUCAGCUCUUUAUAAUUUUGUAUUCAUAGGCAUACAUACAAUAAGAUUUUAUACUUUAAAUGUCAAUUGAUAUUCAGUACUAAUGUUAUACUACAUUAUCUGUACUAAAUAACUACAAAUUUCAAUGUACAUCAUGAUUUGUUC